AUGAGCACGCCGUUUUUCUAUGACGUUCAAUUGAAAUACGAGGGUGAUCCUUCAUCGAAUGUGUACGAAAUCCGCGACGCCUACAACUUUGGACUUCUCGCUCCGGAAUACGAUCUCAAAUCCUUCCAAGCGGGUUCUUGUUGGCAUGUCGAUAAUCUAAUGGGAUCCCAUAUCAUGGAAAUCAAUCGCGUAUCCGGCGUGCGUUUCACAGUUUGGGCUCCAAAUGCUAUUUUUGUGUCCGUCGUGGGUGAUUGGAAUCAAUGGGAUGGUCGCGCACAUCCCAUGCGUCGACGACUUGAGUUUGGCGUAUGGGAGCUCUUUGUUCCAAAUAUCGGUGCAGGCCAGAAUUAUGGAUAUCGUUUUCAUUCAAAAUCGGGAGCAGAUUUCAUCAAGAUCGAUCCCUACGCCCAACUCUUCCAAAAUCCUCCCUCGACAGCAUCGAUUAUCUCCGACUGCGACGACGCAUACAAACCUCUUAGUAAAAGGUUCCAAUGGACCGACCAAGCAUGGAUGGAAAAACGUGCCAAAACCGCAAAAAACGGCCAGAUUAGUCGACUUCCAAUGUCCAUCUACGAAGUCCAUCUCCCUUCUUGGAUACGCGGAGAUGGAAAUUCUUAUCUUGGAUACCGAGAAUUAGCCCAUCGUCUUGUCGAUCAUGUCGUCACGAAGCUGAAUUUUACGCAUGUUGAGUGCUUACCCCUAGCGCAUCAUCCCGUUGAAGGCUCGUGGGGUUACCAGGUUUCCGGACAAUACGCGCCUUAUAGCCGCUUGGGAUCAGGUGACGAUCUCAUUUUGAUCAAUGAACUCCAUCGAAACGACAUUGGCGUAUUUCUCGAUUUCGUUCCGGCGCAUUUCGUCAAGGAUUCUUGGGGACUCGUGCUUGAUGGCGAGCCGUGUUAUGAGUAUUCAGAUCCACGGGAGGGAGAACACAAAGGAUGGGGAACGAUGAUGUAUAACUUUCGACGUCAUGAAGUCCGGUCUUUCUUGUUGGGCGCUGCUUAUCACUGGCUUCGACGGUACCACAUUGAUGGAUUGCGGGUUGAUGCCGUAUCUUCAAUGAUCUAUAAGAAUCACUGUAGAGAAGCCGGUGAUUGGAUUCCGAAUGAGUUCGGUGGGGAGACGAAUUUGCAAGCAAUAAGUCUUCUGCAGGAGUUGAAUUGGGUCGUUCACAGAGAGUUUCCCGGCGUUUUCACGAUGGCUGAAGAGUCGACUGCGUGGCCUGGCGUGACAGACAAGGAGAAGGGUCUUGGGUUUGAUGCAAAGUGGGAUUUGGGAUGGAUGAACGAUACGUUGAGCUACUUGACGAUGCCAGCUAUGGAUCGGUGGACAAAGCAUUCGAAAUUGACUUUUAGAGGCUUGUAUAUGGGAAAUGAGAAAUGGGUCCUGCCACUAUCGCACGAUGAAGUAGUUAGUGGAAAAGGAAGUUUGUUGGAUAAAUGCGGAUUCAUGGGGACUCCAUUUGAUGAGAGAUUGCGGUCGUUGCGAGCGCUGUAUGGGUUUCAAGUUGGGAUGCCUGGCCGGCCUCUUAUUUUUAUGGGGGGUGAAUUUGGCCAAGGACGGGAAUGGAAAGAGGCCCGUUCGCUAGAUUGGCACGAAGCAUCAGAACCUUCAAGAAAAAAUGUGAUGCAAUGGGUGUGCGAUCUCUUAAAGCGUUAUAGAGAAGAAGUUGCGCUGCAUGCGGGCGAUGAUGAACCAUGGAAUUUUCAAUGGGUCGAUUGUGACAACGCACAAGACAAUAUUGUUGCAUGGAUCCGAAAAUUUGGGAAUUGGACCAAUGAUGUUCUGGUUUUGUUAAGUUUUUCUGGAGUCAAAUAUUCACAUUAUCCCAUCGGCGUUCCUCAUGGCGGCGUUUGGACGGUGUUGCUGAAUUCUGAUGAUUGGCGUUACGGAGGAGGAAUGGUUGGGCCUGGCGCCGGGGUGACGGUACAACCAACCCAGGGCGGAAGACUUGGAUGGCCCUAUUGUCUUUGGCUCGACCUCCCGCCCAAUGGGUGUUUGCUCUUAAAAGCGCCGAUUGAAGAGAAGAAGAGUUCAGAAAAUGAAGAACUGCCCGCAAAAAAGAGUGAUGAAUCAAA